UCGCCUAUCUCACUGACUCACCCAAAGCCCGACCAAAAGCUUUUGAUUCCUCAAGAGUGAAAAUGGCGUCGUACACAGUCUCCUUUAUCCCUUUGACGCUCUCUAAUCCUCGGAUCUUUGUUUCGAGACAGAAUGGAUCUCCCUCGUCUUCUUCUCGGAUUCCUCUAACGUCUUCUCUGUUAGGUAAGAAGCUUCUGGCGACACAACCGUCGCAUCGCUGCUUCGUCCCCAAGCUCCGGUGCUUGACCUCGGCCAGCACGGUCUUAAACGUCCCUAUUGCGCAACCGGAGAAUGGUUCUUCGGAUAAGAUCCCAAAAUGGUCGGCGAGAGCUAUAAAGUCACUUGCAAUGGGAGAAUUGGAGGCUAGGAAGCUCAAGUAUCCAAGUACCGGGACCGAAGCCAUUCUCAUGGGUAUUUUAGUCGAAGGCACUAGCACAGUUGCUAAGUUCCUGAGGGGGAAUGGAGUCACACUUUUCAAGGUUCGAGAUGAGACGUUAAGCCUGCUGGGGAAAUCAGACAUGUACUUUUUCAGCCCAGAGCAUCCUCCUCUAACUGAGCCGGCUCAAAAGGCCAUUGCCUGGGCCAUUGAUGAGAAGAAUAAAUCUGAUGUGGAUGGGGAACUAACCACGGCCUACUUGCUUCUGGGGGUUUGGUCUCAAAAGGAUUCAGCAGGCCGCCAGAUUUUGGAGAAGCUCGGGUUUAACGAAGAUAAAGCCAAAGAAGUUGAGAAAUCGAUGAAUGAAGAUGUAGAUUUGAGCUUCAAGAAACAAGGUCAAUAGUGAUGAGGUUUAUAUCGAUUAGAAAAGCUUCUGUAAUUGUUAUGGAGUAGCAAAAGCAACUCUUGAUUAAAGACUCGGCCAAAGACCCCACUUUCAUUAGUAUUCACUUUCCAUACUUGUUUGUGGUUAGUGUCAUUUAGCUUUUCCGCAUUAUCACAAUAUACAACUCUGGCAAAUGAUUCAGUGCUUUGGUUCUCCGAUAGGUUUUUGUUACUAAAACUCACGUCCUCUGUUGAUUAUUGACACCUUGGUGUCUUCAUAUGGAUGCUGGGUAGGUAUUUUCUUUACGCUAAAGAUUGAUUGUUAUCUGAAGGAAUGAAACAGACGAGAUAAAAAAAACUUGCAGAAGAUGGAAACUGUAAUUUCUUUCAAGGGUUAAAAAG